GCCUCACUCACCCUUCAUAAUCACGUUGCCGGGUUGCAUUCAAGGAUGUCCUACGCAUAUCUAUUCAAGUACAUCAUCAUUGGGGACACUGGUGUCGGCAAGUCAUGCCUCCUCUUGCAGUUCACGGACAAGCGCUUCCAACCUGUCCACGACCUGACUAUUGGCGUCGAGUUUGGGGCACGCAUGAUCAACAUCGACAGCAAGCAGAUCAAGCUGCAAAUUUGGGACACUGCGGGCCAAGAAUCAUUCCGAUCUAUCACCCGCUCGUACUACCGCGGGGCCGCCGGCGCCUUGCUGGUGUACGACAUUACGCGCCGGGAAACGUUCAACCAUCUUACGAGGUGGUUGGAAGAAGCGCGCCAAAACUCCAACUCAAACAUGGCCAUCAUGCUCAUCGGCAACAAGUCGGACUUGGAGCACCGCCGCGCCGUGAGUUAUAAGGAAGGCGAGCAAUUCGCGAAGGAGAACGGACUCAUCUUCCUCGAAACGUCGGCGAAAACGGCGGCCAACGUGGAGGACGCCUUCAUCAAAACUGCGCAAAAGAUCCACGCCAACAUCCAAGCUGGUAUUUGCGACGUCACCAACGAGGCGCACGGCAUCAAGGUCGGCAUGACUGGGUCGGCCACACCGACGGGCUUUGGCGGCAAUGCGAACAACGCUAAUAAGGGCGGAUGUUGUUAAUCGAAGUAUCUAGUUGCUAACAAGCUAUAUAACGCUGAUGUGGUGCUUACUUUGGACUCGUUAGCUGCAGCAACCUUAUUACCAGUU